UAUGUGCCCAGGCCCCCACCCCACAGGCUGUUGUUGGCAGGGUGGGUGCUGAGACACAGGCACCACGCUAUGCUGUGCUUUUGCCUGAGUUAUUCUAUUCCCUUUUUCUAGAAUGCCCUUUCCAACUCGUUGUCUGGGUGAUUUUCUGCUCCCCCUCCAAGAAUUUACACAAGAAUGACUUUUUUGGUGAAGGCUUCCCUGGCACCCCCACUCUGGCCAAGGCUGCCCCCCUUUCCUCUGAGCCCCCUCUCCAUUGAUGGCUCCUAUCACAGUGUAGUAUAUUCACGUUUGGAGCCCGUUCGCCUGUGUAGGUGCCUUGAGGCUUUUUUCUUUGUGGGUCCUACAGGCCUGAUGUGUAGUAUCAGCUCAAUAAAAGCAGGCUGGAUUUAAUUAAGGGGGUUCCUGAAGGUGGUGCUGGAGUCUCCCUUUGUUAAUGGUGUGGUGAAGAGGAGGCGGGAGUUUGCAAAUGGAGAGAGGCUGACUUGCCUGCCGGACUCCUACCCCCGAUCCCCUCUGAGGGCAGUGCUGCCCCCCUGACUGCUGGGGACUGGGGUGGCCUCCUCCAUUUCUAUCCAGCGGCAGACUUCCCUGCCCGGCAGGAGCUGGCUCCCCAGGUUGCCGGAGUGAUCACUCUCCAGAAAACACCCCAGUGGAAACUGCAUGAAUGAUUGAUAAGAGCUGAGAGCUGUUUAAUUUUUUCCCCCUGUUUAAUGGCUAUCAAUAAUUUAAUACGCUCUCUGUAUGUUUUUAAGAAAUAGCACCCAUUUCGCCGUCUCCGGUUUAGCGGGCUAAAUGAUUUAAGUGUUGGAAAUGUGCUCUGAGGAUGGAGGUUGAGUGAGUCGGAGAAAUCUGGAGGCUGGGAGUGGGGGAAGGCGGGUUCAGAGCCAGCCACAGCAUCUUGGCCUGGGACUCACGGCAGCUGUGUUCUGAUUUCGUACUACUGCUAGGGCUGCCGCCUCCUCCUCCAGACGCUCUCAGCAGACUUGAGUCCUGGUCCUUCUGCAGAGGCCUGAGCAGGAGGAAGAGGAGGAGGCCCGUUGGCGUCGGACCAAUGCUGCAAGGGGUGUGAGGAGAGGAGCCGCUGUUUUUCACUGAGCUGCCAUACCCCGAAAGCAGGAUGGAGCUGGAGUGAGGUGGAGGGGCCGCAAGCUGCUGACCGGCGUGUGGGACACUGGUGGUUUGCAGAUCACUGAGGCUGGACAACGUUCAUGGCUCUCGGGUAGAACCUAGUGAAACGGCCAGAAUGAAUUCUAUGGACAGGCACAUCCAGCAAACCAAUGACCGACUGCAGUGCAUCAAGCAGCACUUACAGAAUCCUGCCAACUUCCACAAUGCCGCCACGGAGCUGCUGGACUGGUGUGGAGACCCACGGGCCUUCCAGCGGCCCUUUGAGCAGAGCCUGAUGGGCUGUUUGACGGUGGUCAGUCGGGUGGCAGCCCAGCAAGGCUUUGACCUGGACCUCGGCUACAGACUGCUGGCUGUGUGUGCUGCAAACCGAGACAAGUUCACCCCAAAGUCUGCCGCCUUGUUGUCCUCCUGGUGUGAAGAGCUCGGCCGCCUGCUGCUGCUCCGACAUCAGAAGAGCCGCCAGAGCGAUCCCCCUGGGAAACUCCCCAUGCAGCCCCCCCUCAGCUCCAUGAGCUCCAUGAAACCCACUCUGUCGCACAGUGAUGGGUCGUUCCCCUAUGACUCUGUCCCUUGGCAGCAGAACACCAACCAGCCUCCCGGCUCCCUUUCCGUGGUCACCACGGUUUGGGGAGUAACCAACACAUCCCAGAGCCAGGUCCUUGGGAACCCUAUGGCCAAUGCCAACAACCCCAUGAAUCCAGGCGGCAACCCCAUGGCGUCGGGCAUGACCACCAGCAACCCAGGCCUCAACUCCCCACAGUUUGCGGGGCAGCAGCAGCAGUUCUCAGCCAAGGCUGGCCCCGCUCAGCCCUACAUCCAGCAGAGCAUGUAUGGCCGGCCCAACUACCCCGGCAGCGGGGGCUUUGGGGCCAGUUACCCUGGGGGUCCUAACGCCCCUGCAGGCAUGGGCAUCCCUCCGCACACCAGGCCGCCUGCUGACUUCACUCAGCCCGCGGCAGCCGCUGCAGCAGCGGCAGUGGCGGCAGCAGCAGCCACAGCUACAGCCACAGCCACGGCCACUGUGGCAGCCCUGCAGGAGACACAGAACAAGGAUAUAAACCAGUAUGGACCGGUCUGUUCCUCUUUCCAGAUGGGUCCCACCCAGGCGUAUAACAGCCAAUUCAUGAACCAGCCCGGGCCGCGGGGGCCUGCCUCCAUGGGGGGCAGCAUGAACCCCGCGAGCAUGGCGGCUGGCAUGACGCCCUCGGGGAUGAGCGGCCCUCCCAUGGGCAUGAACCAGCCCCGGCCGCCCGGCAUCAGCCCCUUUGGCACACACGGGCAGCGGAUGCCCCAGCAGACCUACCCGGGCCCCCGGCCCCAGUCCCUUCCUAUUCAGAACAUAAAGAGGCCAUACCCUGGAGAGCCCAACUAUGGAAACCAGCAAUAUGGACCAAACAGCCAGUUCCCCACCCAGCCAGGCCAGUACCCAGCCCCCAACCCCCCGAGGCCACUCACCUCCCCCAACUACCCAGGACAGAGGAUGCCCAGCCAGCCAAGCUCCGGGCAGUACCCGCCCCCCACAGUCAACAUGGGGCAGUAUUACAAGCCAGAACAGUUUAAUGGACAAAAUAACACGUUCUCGGGAAGCAGCUACAGUAACUACAGCCAAGGGAAUGUCAACAGGCCUCCCAGGCCGGUUCCUGUGGCAAAUUACCCCCACUCGCCUGUUCCAGGGAACCCCACACCCCCCAUGACCCCUGGGAGCAGCAUCCCUCCAUACCUGUCCCCCAGCCAAGACGUCAAACCACCCUUCCCGCCUGACAUCAAGCCAAAUAUGAGCGCUCUGCCACCACCCCCAGCCAACCACAAUGACGAGCUGCGGCUCACAUUCCCCGUGCGGGAUGGCGUGGUGCUGGAGCCCUUCCGCCUGGAGCACAACCUGGCUGUCAGCAACCAUGUGUUCCACCUGCGGCCCACGGUCCACCAGACGCUGAUGUGGAGGUCUGACCUGGAGCUGCAGUUCAAGUGCUACCACCACGAGGACCGGCAGAUGAACACCAACUGGCCUGCCUCGGUGCAGGUCAGCGUGAACGCCACGCCCCUCACCAUUGAGCGCGGCGACAACAAGACCUCCCACAAGCCCCUGCACCUGAAGCACGUGUGCCAGCCGGGCCGCAACACCAUCCAGAUUACCGUCACGGCCUGCUGCUGCUCCCACCUCUUUGUGCUGCAGCUGGUACACCGGCCCUCCGUCCGCUCUGUGCUGCAAGGACUCCUCAAGAAGCGCCUCCUGCCCGCAGAGCACUGUAUCACGAAAAUCAAGCGGAAUUUCAGCAGCGUGGCUGCCUCCUCGGGCAACACGACCCUCAACGGGGAGGAUGGGGUGGAGCAGACGGCCAUCAAGGUGUCUCUGAAGUGCCCCAUCACAUUCCGGCGCAUCCAGCUGCCUGCUCGAGGACACGAUUGCAAGCAUGUGCAGUGCUUUGAUCUGGAGUCAUACCUGCAGCUGAAUUGCGAGAGAGGGACCUGGAGGUGUCCUGUGUGCAAUAAAACCGCUCUGCUGGAGGGCCUGGAGGUGGAUCAGUACAUGUGGGGAAUCCUGAAUGCCAUCCAACACUCCGAGUUUGAAGAGGUCACCAUCGAUCCCACGUGCAGCUGGCGGCCGGUGCCCAUCAAGUCGGACUUACACAUCAAGGACGACCCUGACGGCAUCCCCUCCAAGCGGUUCAAGACCAUGAGUCCCAGCCAGAUGAUCAUGCCCAAUGUCAUGGAGAUGAUCGCAGCCCUGGGCCCCGGCCCGUCCCCCUAUCCCCUCCCGCCUCCCCCAGGGGGCACCAACUCCAACGACUACAGCAGCCAAGGCAACAACUACCAAGGCCAUGGCAACUUUGACUUCCCCCACGGGAACCCUGGAGGGACAUCCAUGAAUGACUUCAUGCACGGGCCCCCCCAGCUCUCCCACCCCCCGGACAUGCCCAACAACAUGGCCGCCCUCGAGAAACCCCUCAGCCACCCCAUGCAGGAAACUAUGCCACACGCUGGCAGCUCUGACCAGCCCCACCCCUCCAUACAACAAGGUUUGCACGUACCACACCCCAGCAGCCAGUCAGGGCCUCCAUUACAUCACAGUGGGGCUCCUCCUCCUCCUCCUUCCCAGCCUCCCCGGCAGCCGCCACAGGCCGCUCCCAGCAGCCAUCCACACAGCGACCUGACCUUUAACCCCUCCUCAGCCUUAGAGGGUCAGGCCGGAGCGCAGGGAGCGUCCGACAUGCCGGAGCCUUCGCUGGAUCUCCUUCCCGAACUCACAAAUCCUGACGAGCUCCUGUCUUAUCUGGACCCCCCCGACCUGCCAAGCAAUAGUAACGAUGACCUCCUGUCUCUAUUUGAGAACAACUGAGGGCCACCCGGUCGGGGCCAUCCCUCCACACUCUGCGUCCUACCCCACCUACCCAACACACUUUUCCACCUGGGAGCCUGUGCCCUCAGACCGCCCCGCACCAGAGCCACGGGCUGUGGGGCGGGGAGCCCUCCCCCGCUGCAGCCCUCUCAGAACAGAGGGGUAGGGAGGGUGCGCCAGGAAGGCUGUGUGGGUCUGGGGCCCACGUCCCACCUGCACACCCUUGGCUUGGGCCCAUGCCCAGUGCAGGCCUGAAGACCACCCUCCCGAGAGGAACCAGCCCGGUAAGAGGGCGCACGCCGAUGCGGCUUCCCGGUCCCUCCACGUGUGCCGAUUCCAGAUGACCUUCCAGUGUCCCCAAGGUUCUUCCAUCUUCUAGACUGUAACCCUGCCUCCCUGCUUCCUGGUCCAGAGCCUCCCUCCAGUGACUGUGGAGCCUGAGAAGGCCCCCGGGCCCCAGCAUGGGCCCCGAGCCUUGGAGGAGCACUGGCAGUUGGUGGCAGUGAGACCAGCCCACCCACCACCACCCACCACAGAAAAGCACAAACCUCUGGGAAAGACAACGUCUCUCGGGGGCCAGGGGUCAUCAGUUUGACCCCUGACCUAUAAGCCAAGAUACCCCAUAAACACACUCUCAGAAAGCAGAGAAAAAGGACAAGAUUCUGUGUUUGAGAGGGGGUCUGCCAUUCCUGCUUGGGGACUGGUGGGAAAGAGGGCCAGGACAUCUUCUGAGCCAGGACGUCCCUGAGGCUCCACCUCCAAGCUCAGACAGGGCCCAGGCUUGGGGAACAGAGAGAGCAGGUGUCCACCCAACCAAAGUGAUUGUGCCCUUGGUUGGGGGGCGCGGGCAUAUAACCUAUCAGAAUCAAACAGGAACGGCAACUUCUAACUUUGCUCCAAGCCACUCUCUUUUUAAACAGCAACAAUUUAAAGCUAUGAAGUCACCUGGAGAAAAGGAACGUUGCUCUUGGACAGCAAGCAAACCAUUUCUCUCCGUCUGUUCUGUUUUUCUCCUAGUCCCUCUCCUGCCACCUCUCCAAGACUUCCGUGGGACACCCACUUCCCUCUGUGUCCUAGUUCUCUUUGUCCAAUCAGAUGGCAAGGGCAGUGCGUGGAAAGGCCGGGGAGGUGCAGAAACCAGAGCCCAGGGCAAUGGUGUCUGUCCAGCCCCUCCCUCUGUCCCUGUGCUCCAAGCUGCCCCCGGCUGCAGCCCAGGCCAUGGCCAUGUGCACCAGUAUGUACCUGCAGGCAUAGGGGGGAGGGGGGCGUGUUUCUGGGCCUGCCCCAGACACUGCCCUUGGCUGCCAGCCUACCCUGCCUGCACUCCUCCACCAUCACAAUCUCACCCCACACUCCUGCUCACUCAAGCAAAAGCAGCCUCUGGCCUUCCCUCCACAGCUUUGCUCCAUCUGGCUUACCACUCUCCAGGGCCUCCUGGGGAGCCUGUCCUGUGUUCACUUUGUUUCAGGCUGGUCUGUGCCCCGUGAGCCACAUGGCCUAGGGUGGUGCCAGGUUGUCCCGUCACUGGGGUCCCAUCUGUAAAUUCUUUGCGCCCUUCCCGGCUGCUGCCUGGGGCCCUUUCCUGCUCUCCCGUCCGCUGUGGGUGGUCCCCAGCACUCCUCCGUGGGUUUUACCGGAAAGGUGGCCCCAGCUGUUGACUUCCAGUCACUGUCCCAGACGGCACAAGGUUUUCUGUAGGAAAGCUGCCAUUGCCCCGGCCCCUUUUCUUCCUUUGUCCCGUUGUCGAGGUUUUUUCAAAUAGCGUGUUGUUCAGUAUGCAAAUCAAUUAUUUUAAGAAUCGCUUUUGUAAAUAUCUUUGUGAAUAUUUUAGUAUCGUCUUUGAUAAUAUUCAACAUUUUCAUGACCUGGUUAUAGCCUUUGCUGGUGUUUUUAAAAUACCUAGACUCAAUGACAAAGACCGAGUCUUCUUUUUUUUUUAAACAAAAACAAAAAAAGCAACCAGGGCUAUUUGUACAGUUGAAGGGGUGAACAGAAUGGGCGGCUGUGCUGGGAGUUGGAAGACCGGGCAGCCCGCUAUUUAGAGCCAUCCCUCAGUCAGCUGGCAGGGACAAGCCAACGCCAGGUAGCAUGUGGCCACCCUUGCCCAGUGCCUGUGGCCUGGCAAGUGGCCACGCCCUGUGUCAGACCAUCUGGGAAUUAAGCUCCAGACAGACUUACAGAUGCCUUCCUUAGGAGUUCUUGCUUCUUGCGUUGAUACUUUGCCCCAGAAAGGCCUGGGAUUCAUUCUGGUUCUUAUCAGGGUGUGUCCACACUCUGCUCACAGGUGGAUCCACGGCUUUCCAGUGCAGAGAGUCGAGAUGCUCCCUGCAGCCCAGGCCCCGGGCACCUCCUGCAACCAUCUCUGGGCUCAGCACCUGAGGCGGGUUUCCUGGGUCCCCUCUCCAGCAGGCCUCCACCAGCAAGCUCAGCCCAGAGCUUCCCUUCCGGCUGGCUCUGAACCGUGCGUGGUGCCUACAGCCUGCAGUCUGGAGACAAGCUCUUCCGGAGUGCUCUGGGAGCCAGGCCAGGGUGUGAGGGAGGUGCAGAGGCAUCCGGGGCGGGAGCAAGCCCCAGGUUGUGACAGGUGCAGGUAGACAACGCCCAUAAACAGAGAUGGUCCUGAACUCUGGAGAGAUCCUUCCCUGAUCCUUUCGGACGACUACUUGGAGCCAUAAGUAACCUCAGCAAAAACGAGGCCUCUGCAAGCCACUUUUCCAUGCCAAGCAUCCACCCGGCCCACAGGCAUGUUUCUGCCGCCACUCCGCAAGAUGGACAGGGAGCCAGCAGGCAGGCGGGAAGGGCCAAGUACAGGCAAUCACCCCCAUCUUCUUGGUUUGAAGCUUUAUCCAUGUAUCAUGUUCCCUGUAGCCAUUUUAUUUUUUAAGAAACUGCUAAUACGUUCUCCCUAAUGGAAGCCCUGACCCCCCAGAGAGCUACAGGUCUGCUCCCGACGGGCCUCGGGCCUGACCCGUCCACACAGGGCCGUGUCAACAGCAGCGACUCAAGGGACGUGUGUACAUAUGUAAAUGAGAAAUAGAGACGUGUCAACAGAUGCAUUCAUUUCUCUUGGAAUGUGUAUUGUUUUUAUUUUGCGAAACAAAACAAAACAAAAAAAAAAGCUUGGAACUCCAUCACGUGGAAAAACUAGAUCCUGUUGGUUAUAGCAUUUGUGAGUUCUCCACGUCUGUCUCUCUCGCUCAUGUAAUAUACUCUGACCCUGAGUGGAAAGGGGGUUUUGUUCUGUUUUUAUUUUACCUACAUGUACUAUUUAGCUUCAGUGUACUAGUCCUGCCACCUGUGUAUUUUUAGGGUGCUAUGGAAAUAAUGAAAAGAAACGGGGAUUUCAGAAGAAAAUUGUAACCAAAUUCAUACUUUGUAUAAUUUUUGAUAUCAUGAUCACAGGUGAUUCACACGUACACACAUAAACACACCCACCAGUGCAGCCUGAAGUAACUCCCACAGAAACCAUCAUCGUCUUUGUACAUCAUAUGUACAAUGCAAUCAUUUCAUACUUUAAACUGGUCAAAAAACUAAUUGUGAUUUCUAGUCUUGCAAAGCUGUAUGUAGUUAGAUGAUGUGACAACCUCUAAUAUUUAUCUAAUAAAUAUGUAUUCAGAUGAAACCUGUAUAUUAGGUGUUCAUGUGGUUAUUUUGUAUUUAAAGAUCAAAUUAUUUGACUAUUGCUAGACAUUUCUAUACUCUGUUGUAACACUGAGGUAUCUCAUUUGCCCAUGUUAAUUUUUUUCUAAAUAAAUUGACAAAAAUGAA